UCAGAGUGCCCCCUUACAUCAGGUGUGCCCAUCAGAGUGCUCCUUUACAUCAGUUGUCCCCAUCAGAGUGCCCCUUUAUAUCAGGUAUCUCCAUCACAUUGCCACCUUACAUCAGGUAUUACCAUCAGAGUUCCCCCUUACACUAAAAGUACCCCUUUCCAUCAUAUUUCCCCAUCACAGUGCCCAUUUACAUCAUAUUCCCCAUCAGAAUGCCCCUUUCCAUCACAUGUGCCCAUCAGAGUGCCCCUUUCCACAGUAUGUGCCCAUAUUUGCCCCUUUAACAUAAAAUGUGCCCAUCAUAGUGCCCCUUAACA